AUGGCCACCACUUCCGCAGCUGCAGGGCUGCUUGGAAGACAGUUUAAACAAAUGCAAACCGAUAAAGACAUUCCGGGCAUAAGCUGCGGCCUAGUCGACAAUAACAUCUUCGAAUGGGAAGUCAUGCUCAUGAUCAACGAUGACUGCAAGUACUAUGGAGGAGGAUUCUUCCGCGCACGCCUGUCAUUCCCACACGAAUACCCGCUCAUGCCACCGAAGAUGAAGUUUGAAACCCCAAUCUUUCACCCCAACAUCUACGAGUCCGGCGAUGUCUGUAUCUCUAUCCUCCAUCCGCCGGAAGAAGACAAAUACGGAUAUGAAUCGGCUGCCGAGCGGUGGUCACCCGUCCAGUCGCCCGAGACCAUCCUGUUAUCCGUCAUCAGCAUGCUGAGCAGUCCCAAUGACGAGAGUCCUGCCAAUGUCGACGCCGCCAAGAUGUGGAGGGAAGAUCCCAAGGCUUUUAGACGGAAAUGUCAGAAGUUGGUGCGCGAGAGUCUGGGUGAUGAGUGA